GAUCAAACGCCAAAACCCUAACCAAGAAAAAACUGAAAAUGCUUUCCUUUCCAGUUUGAUCCAAGAAGAUAUUUCAAGCGUAACACCGAAACAGACACCACGCUUCUCUUGUGAAAUUGGAACAUAUUUAUACACUCACGUAUAUAUAUAUAUAUAUAAAUAAAUAUAGACAUGGACAAUGGAGGCAAAGAGAGGGAAGAGGAACAAGACGGCAUGUCCGUACAUUCUCCUUGCAAAGCCCCCCCUUCCUCUGCUUCUUCUCUCCCCAAGGAGCAAUCACAGGUGGAAUUGGAGCUUAGACUGUUAGAAGCUUUGGAAAUUUAUCCUCCGGUUAAACUACAAGGCAUACAUCGCCACUUUGUCCUCUAUGGUUUGAUGGAGUUUCUUCGGAAAAGCUUUGACCGACACUUCUCUUCUGAUGAGGUCCUGCAGUUGCUGGAUCGUUUCUACAACUUAGAAAUGCUGAAACCAGAUGAUGAGGAGACGGAAAUCCUGAAUCAUGAGGAAGAUUUUUGCUUACCUCAAAGUUUUUUCGUCAAGGAAGAAUCAUAACUGACAAUUUUGGUAUAUAUACACGUUUUGUUUGAACUUGUUUGUUAUUCACUUCUCUUUUUUUUUCUUUGGCUAGAUUGUAUAGCGGUGACUUUCUCUCUCUUUUAUCUUUUAUGUAUCUCCGAAUUUUUAGCAUAUUUGAUGGGAGAUGGAUGUUGCUUUAAAAUAUUUAGAAGGGUUACUGUGACAUAGUUCUUUAGUUGCCUCUUCUAUUGGUUUCCCUUCUUGUUGAGGGAAACUGUAAAUGAAGACAAAAACUUGCUAUCUGGAAAGUGCCAGUCUUGUGGAAAGCGCGGAACCAACAUCCAAUAAGAUGAUUGAGCAUGUACCACAUACUCAGUGGCCUCAAGGAAAUUCUCAAAUAGUUGGAUAUGUAUUAGGGUGAGAGUUUUAACUCUCGAAAUAAGAAUCUUCAAUCCUAUUAGCAUUACUUGUCUUGGGAUUUUACUUAUGCCUUGAUGAGGCUGGAUCAGGCUAUAGCUUAGUUGUACUUAAUACAACGUCUGCGAUUUUCAUCA